AAACAAACGGACCACCGGAGUUUCCCAUGAUUCAAUGGUUUGUAGUUACCGGGCAGCUGGCUAGCUAACUAGCAAACUUCAAAGUAGUGGGGUCUCGAUGCCAGAGUGGAGGCACUGCUGCCGGGGAGACGAGCUAACUAAUCACUUGAGACUGAUUCCCAGCUAAGCAGUGAUUGGAACAAGUGGCUGCAGGGACUCCAAGCCACCAUGGUUACUGACAACAAAGCACGGACCUAUCUUUGCUCUCCAUAAGCACUUAACACCCCCGCAAGUGGAGCUGAAGCCACAUCAUUCACCAUUAAACUGUAAAGUUUUUCUGCGCCCUGCACACGCAGAGACGGUGAGUUCUGCUGCUUGAUUUUCAUCUGGUUUUCUCUGCCUGCUUUGCUCCUGCGCAGGUGAGAUGACCUCCGCUGCCGACCUCCAGGCGGCCCCUCUGGUCUCCGGCCUGGAACCGGGGAUGGGGAGGUCCGCGGCCAUGCUGGGGCUGUCGGCAGGGCUGGGCGGAGCAGAGAUGGAGCUGCAGAAGAUGCUGAUUGACGAGAGGAUCAAGUGUGAAAACCACAGGACCAACUACCAGACGCUGAAGGCAGACCACACCAGCCUGCAGAACGAGUUCAUGCGGGUGCAGGGGGAAGUGAGGCGCCUGCUGAGUGAAAAGCAGUCGGAGCAGGAGAAGCUGCAGCUGCUGGGCUGA